AUGACUAUGGCUGUUCGUCUCUCCAAGAUGGACAAUGGAGCUCUCAACGACGCCCAGAGCGACGCUGAACCUCAGCUGUUGAACACGCCCGAUUCGCAGAUCAGCAUGGAUCUGAGCGCGCCGCACGAGGCGACUCAGCGUCAGAUUGAAGCACAGGUCACUCAGUGUCUAGCAGGCUCAACAAUUCAGCCGACUCCUCGUUCAUUGCAGCAGGGGGUCCCCAAGGGCAUGUCACAACUUGACCAGAAUCAACAGUCGCAAAAACACAAUUCCCCCCAGCAGCAAGAUCUGUGGGGGGGGGGCAUAAUUAGGCAGCUGGAGCAGGACCUUGCCCACCAUAAUAAGCAGGAGGGCAUGCUGCCCGAGAAGACUCACCGGCUGCAGGCAAAGGAAUAUACGGAGCAGAUCAACCAGUUCAGCAGCGAGUAUCACGACAUGUGCAAUCUCAUCGACGCAGUGCUUGCGGAUUCAAUGGUCUCAGAUACAGGCGACACGAAUGAUGAGCCAGCAUCUGACUACCCGACGCAGAACAACCCACGACAGGGACCGUCUUCCUCACAGCCGUCUCAACCGCCGAUGAUGCCGCGUCAGUACUUAACUAUCCUAGCGGGUAUGAACAACAUGAAGCCGCAGUUUAUUCCUCCUGAAUAUGAGUCGGAGUACGCUGCGGUCUUUCAGGAGCUCUGUGGCUACGCCUCCCGGGUAUACCCUGCUUUGGAGCUCAUAAUUUGUGCAUACCACGACCACAUCGUUAAGAAGAUCAUGGCCGCGACCAUGACUGCCCUUCGUCAGCAAGAACUCAGUGAGCAGAAGGGUAGCCCGCACUAUCUGCUUCAAUUCGAGAGUAUCCGGAAUAUCACCGAUACGAUGAGGAGCGUCGUCCAAGCAAACCCGUAUAGUGGCAUGGCGCAGCAAGUGUUCCCUGGCUCCACUUCAGCAGUAGCGUCAACUUGA